GUUGCACCUCGGUUGAAUAAGGAUAAGUGUCGCUAGUCUGUCCCUGAGGCUCUGUUGCACGAGGUUGACAGAAUAUCCGAGAAAAACGGGGAAAAAAAGUUCAAAAAAAGUAGAGAGAGAAGAAAAUGGACUGUUAAUUGAUCAAAAACAGCAUUCCUCACAUUCUUUUUUCUCUUGCACAUAAAAUGGAAAAUAUCACGACCACGUUGGACAGGGUACGUUUGUGGGAAGCCCAAAACGUUUUUUUGUGGACUAAAGGGGAGUGCUAUCAGUGGGCGCUACGGGAGAUCUCCAAGUGCCAUCCUCAGCCCGAGACGCAGAUCGACACUCGGUACUUCAACUAUACCGGCAACCAGUUGGCGGCACUCACGGAACUGGAUUUUGCCAAAUUCUGCCCAGCUUACGGAAGGGAGCUCCACAUGGCUCUUCACGACCUCAUGCGUUCCGCUGGCCUGGAGACGUCCCCAAGCACCACGGCAGCAGCAUGCACCAACGCCGUACAAGAAAUCUACGACCUGGAUAUCCCAGACUUGGACACCUUUGGAGAGUUUGACCAACACUGGUGGAAGGACAUCGAACAAUUGCCAGCAGUCCAGGACAACCUUAGCGGGAAUGGAGCGCAAGGCAGCGACGAUUUCCACAGCCUGACGGAGCUACAUGGUCUUAACUCUUUACCCGAAGUGAAGGAGGAGGUGGAGGAGGAGUGGCUGCGAGGAGGAGGAGGAGGUGCAGUAGGAGGAGAAAUGUGUCAAACUUCCCAUCUUGCGUCCUCCUUUGCAUCUCCUAAUCCUCCUCCUUAUCCUUACUCUCCCUCCUCCUCUUCAUCAGUCUACUCAACUGAUGCGAGUUACCCCACAACAGAAGGAUACUGGCCGAAUGGAGAUUGCUCAAACUUCUCCUUCUCCCCCUCCCCCUCCUCCUCCCCCCAAUACUCCACCCCCUCCCCCUACUAUGACGACGAAGAGAGGAAUUCGAGUCUCUACAGCCCUACCGCUGACCAAUCGUGGGACAAAUUCGACAAUGUAAGCCCCUCCACCAGAACCCGAGCGCGCACCACCUGCCAGACCGUUCCUUCCACACGUCAAAGGAACAGCCCCCAGUACACCUCCUCUGAACGGAGCAGCAGAGGUUACAACAAUGGUGGAGAUGGAGGUGUGUAUGGUGGCGGUGAUCCUCUGGCACACAUGAACACAUCGUCGCGGAGGAGAAGCCGCGGACCUAAAAAUUGGGAGUUCAUUGCACGCCUCCUCGUUGACUCCAGUUCGAAUCCCAGCCUAGUGCAGUGGGUGGACGAGGGGAAAUACACGUUCAAGUUCAACCGACCCCAGCAAAUAGCGAUCAUGUGGGGUCAAAGGUCAACGAAGAAGGAACAGCUGACCUAUGACAAUUUUGCCCGCGGUCUGAGGUACCACUACAAGACCGGUGCCCUCAUACCUGUCCAGGAGAGGCAAUUAGUGUACAGGUGUGGUCAGAAGAUGCAGGAGUUUAUCAGCGCCUUAAGGAGAGGUUGACCUGCUCCUGCUUCUGAAAUCCGCUAUUCAUCACACCAUAACGACUACUGCCACACCCAUUCCCACUACUACGACUACUACUACUGCCACGCCCAUUCCCACUACUACUACUACUACUACUGCCACACCCAUUCCCACUACUACUACUACUACUACUACUACUGUCACACCCAUUCUCACCACUACUACUACUACUACUACUACUACUACUGCCACACCCAUUCUCACCACUACUACUACUACUACUACUACUACUACCUGGUGAUAUAAAAGUGAUCGAAUUAUUGUGUGUAGUACCUGAAUUUGUGCCUAAGAGAGAGAGAGAGAGAGAGAGAGAGAGAGAGAGAGAGAGAGAGAGAGAGAGAGACUCCUACUAGUUUAUUCCAAGUGUGUGUGUGUGUGUGUGUGUGUGUGUGUGUGUGUGUGUGUGUGUGUGUGUGUAUAUAC